CUGAGAGCUGGGCUGAUAUGCAGGAGCCACUGCUUGAAGGGAUGUGCUUCACACUCAAGUAUCUAGGCAUGACGCUGGUAGAAAAACCCAAAGGAGAAGACAUGGCUGCUGCUGCCAUCCGCAGGAUCGUGGCCACGGCACGGGUGGGAGCUCGCAAGUUCCAGAAGGUGAUUCUGACAGUAUCUCCGAGGGGCAUCUCGCUGCAGGAUGCAGACACAAAGGAGAUGGUUGAGAGCAUCUCCAUCUACAGGAUCUCCUACUGCACAACAGACAAGCUGCAGAACAAAGUCUUCGCUUAUGUUGCCCAGAGUCAGGAGAGCGGGGCACUGGAGUGCCAUGCCUUCCUUUCACCUAAGAAGAAGAUUGCCCAGGCUGUGACUCUGACCGUGGCCCAGGCUUUCCAGGUGGCACUGGAUCUCUGGGAAGCAGCACAUGCAGGAGGAGGAAGAGGCAGAGGAGGAAGAUGAUAACGUUGGU